UGCCCGGGGGAAGUACUUUCUAUAGCAAAAUGGCCGUGUUGGCUGCUAAAUGAACUAGAAAUAGAAAAGCAACUUAAAUUGAUGCUUAUGAAGAUUUUCCAGUGUCCUGUUGAUAAAAGUGUUCAUUAGCGUCCCAAUUCAAUUCAUACUAUGGCCACCACUCUCGAUUUCCGGACGCAUGUCGACCAGUCAUGCAGGUAUUCUGAAGAGUUUGUCAACAUAUAUUAUGACUGCAUGGAUAAGAAAAGGAGGAACUUGACCCGACUCUACCUGGACAAGGCGACCCUGGUGUGGAAUGGCAAUGCUGUGUCAGGACAGGAUGCUCUGGCCGAGUUUUUUGAGUCGCUGCCAUCGAGCGAGUUCCAAGUUCACACACUGGACUGUCAGCCAGUUCAUGAACAAGCAACCCAAGGCCAGACCACACUGCUCGUGGUGACUGGAGGGACAGUAAAGUUCGAAGGGAACAAACAGCGCUUCUUCAACCAGAACUUUCUCUUGACAGCUCAGGCUACACCCAACAAUGACCAGCCUGUUUGGAAGAUUGCUAGUGACUGUUUCCGAUUUCAAGACUGGAAUAGCUAAUGGGUUUCCUCAUCUGCCCUCUAAAAUGUAUAAACACCCAACCGCCGAGAUCUCGGAAAAAUCUGAAUGCGUUUUGUUAAUUUCCAUAUUUUUUGUAAUAAAAAUCAAAAUGUCAUACA